AUGUCAGCCCAUCAGAAUCUCUUCUCGAAGAUCUUCUGUUUAUGCUGCAAAGCCUGUAAGAAAUCCGGUGCCACAGAUGAUUCCAGUAAGACCCAAGAGCAUCAGCCACCAAUCACCGGUUCGUGGUCUCAGAAGAAACUCGACAAGAAAGCUGCCCAAUCCACCAAAUGGCCCUCUCCCCGCUCUUCGGAACGACUGCUGGCCGAUUCUGAAAGGAAAGACGACUGGGACUGGGCCGUCAACUCUGAUUUUAUAGAUGACAUUUCACAUGUUUCCCCAAGGGGGUUUUAUAAGAGGAACCUAAACCGCUACUCUCAGCAGCACUGGCCCUACCAGCCAUGUCGCAUUGGCCGGCCCUGA